GCCGGAAAUGUCUUCGCUGGUAGACAGAUUUACGCGAACCCCUACUAUGCUUCUGAGAUUGCCGCCGCAAUUCCGUCUCUCCCAAGCAGCCUUCAAGCUAAGGCAAGUGCUGUUGCAAAGAUCGGUACCUUUGUUUGGCUUGAUACGGCCGCGAAAGUCCCUACUAUGGAUACAUACCUCAGCAACAUCGAGAAGCUGAAUGCCGCUGGUUCCGUUCCCGAGACCAUUGGUGCAUUCGUGGUCUACGAUUUACCCAAUCGUGAUUGCGCUGCUCUCGCCUCCAACGGAGAGUUGACCGUCGCAAAUGAUGGUCUUACCAAGUACAAGGCCUAUAUCGACUCAAUUGCCGCCAUCGUCAAGAAGCAUUCCUCGACAAAGAUUGCGCUUGUUAUCGAGCCAGACAGUCUCGGAAACCUUGUAACCAACGCAAACGUUGCUAAAUGCCAGGAGGCUCACGAUGAUUACAUCAGUGGUGUCGAAUAUGCAAUCAAGACUCUGAACUUUGACAACGUCGCCAUGUACCUCGAUGGAGGACACGGCGGUUGGCUUGGAUGGCCUGCCAACAUCGGUCCAGCUGCUGAUCUUUUCGCAAGCAUUUAUACAGCUGCAGGCAAGCCGAAAGCUGUUCGAGGUAUUGCCACUGAUGUCUCCAACUACAAUGCCUAUCAGCUUGCCACAGCUCCUUCAUACACACAGAGCAACCCCAACUUUGAUGAGCAGCGCUACGUCAACGCUCUUGCUCCUCUCCUGACAGCUCAAGGUUUCCCAGCACACUUCAUUAUCGAUCAAGGCCGCUCGGGUGUUCAACCUACAUCGCAAUUGCAGCAGGGAGAUUGGUGCAACGUCAUCAACACUGGCUUCGGUAUCCGCCCUACUACAAACACUGACGACCCGCUUGUGGACGCCAUCGUCUGGGUCAAGCCCGGUGGUGAAUCUGACGGAACUUCGGACUCAACUUCUCCCAGAUACGAUGCCCACUGUGGAUAUGCUGAUGCUUUGAAGCCUGCCCCCGAGGCUGGUACUUGGUUCCAGGCAUACUUUGAACAGCUGCUCAAGAACGCAAACCCUGCUUUGUGA